AUGCGUGUUGACAUGACCGUUCCGGAGAGAUUCGUUCUACCUGAGUUAUUAGAAGAUGAGGGAGAAAUUCAGUUAUGGCCACGCCCGUUGGCGUUGCCUCCACGGCGCUCCUCUCAGAAGCCUCAGGACUCUUUCGAAGCGGCGUUGAAUGCAAAAAUCAAGGGUCUUCGCGACGAGAACGACAAAUUGAAGCAAGAGAUGUACACAUUGCGCGACAAGCAGCGCAGUAAUCACGGACGCCUGGAAAUCCUGCGCGAGCAGGGAGGUUAUCAACGACAGGUGCUUCGGGAGCAAACCAGGGAGAUAGCGGAGGUCAUCAGCGUAGUGGGGGAGGUCUUUCUCGAGUAUGAAGACUGGGUGCGAAGGUCGAUGGGCUUCGGGGUAUCUUCACCCUGA